UAUAAAACAUCGGCAGAGCAUGCUUUUACAAACUGUGAGUGAGAGGAAGUUUACGGGGAUCGCAGCGAAGCACGCGCUACAGCUGGGCAGGGUGGAUUUGAGAAGUUCUGCAUGCUGAAGCCACCGUCCAGAAAUUAAUGGAUAGACUCUCCUUUAAUUAGGCCAUGUAACACUACCGUUGAAAGCCAUGGGAACUAUCAAAGUGACAGUUGGACUGCAUCAAUAGCAUUUGUUUUCCAGAAAUUAAAUUCCCUAAACACUGAGAGAGAAAUAAAUAAGUAAUCUUGGGACUAUAGACACUCGAGCACUAAAACAGGCUGUGAUUUUAAGCACUUAAAAGGUUACACAAGGUAACACUAGUAACUAAAUAAAAAAUCGCGUUGAUGAAGGAGCCCCUAUCACCAGAGAUGCGUAAGACCCGCAGGAAAUUCAGACCAAGAAGACAAAGCUGACAAGCACAAACUGUAGGUGAACCGGACAGCCCACUUGAGUGUUGCUCGAGCAAGUGCACGGGACAUUUACCUGAACUUGCGAACACCGGAACGGAACUUUCUGCUUUAAAACGGAGACAGACAAUUCGUUUAUUAUUUUGCAGACGUGUUCCCUAUGUUUGUAGCGGCACUUGAUCAAGAUAAAAGAAACGAAAGAAAUGUUUCCACUCGGUACUGAGACAUUCUUUGAUUCUUUGAAGUAGCAGGGUUCUGAUAGAAAAGUAAUUCCCUUGGUGUCAAGGAAAUUGAAUUUAACUACCCUAACGGUCCUUAUAUUAAAAAGAGUAACAGUAAUCAUUCACCAGAUGUUAUUUAUUUUCUGUUGCAAUUUAAUUUGAGCGCAUGCAACCUUCACGUUCUUUCUGAGGAACUGCACAACACGUGCCCGCGGAAUUGUUCGGAAUCUUCAGAUCCCAGAUUACAGUUUUUUUUCUCAAUUUUAAUAUUUUCCUGAACUUGUCAUUUUGAAACCCGAAGUGGCUCCACAGUGGUGUUGCGGCUCCUCUUCCGCGGCGGAUCCGGAGAUCGGAGUCUCUGCAGCGGGAGGAGGCGGCGGUGGACCCCCGACACCCCCGACUCCCCCGCAGGGUCCCAAAACCGGCCGCGUUAGAAGGAUGGUUCGGCUGGUGGCAGAGUUGCUACUGCUGUUAGGACUUCUCCUCUUAACUUUGCACAUUACGGUGUUACGGAGCAGUCCGCUACCACAAGGAAAUGCUACACUGGAAAACUUGCAGAUUCCGUCGCUUGCUGAGAGUGAUGUCAGUGUGGAGAGAAGCUCCUCCCCCUCCGUCCACCAGCCACCAGGCAUUGGUGGGACUCUCCAGAGGGAUGGGCCCGGUGCCUUCGUCCUGGAUCUCCACAAGUUCCCCGACCUCGCCAAGGCCGAUAUGAACCGCCAGAACCCCAACAUUCAGGUGACCAUCGAGGUGGUGGAUGGGCGGGAGGGGGCGGAGCCAGAGCAAGACCUGCGGAAGGAGAGCAAACCUGGGAGGGGGUCGUCCAGCUGGAGGGACUGGUGGAGCCGAUCGUCACCCUCAGUCGCCGGUGGCAACACCGGUGGUAACCCGGACGACAGCAACUUCCUCAAACCAGAGUGGGAACGACGAGGAGGCGGGGCCACCCAGAGAGGAGGUUUCGAGAACAAGAAGCAGACGGAAUACGAUUACAUCGACGGCGACGGGGACUGGAGCGGCUGGUCGCCGUGCAGCGUCACCUGCGGCAACGGGAACCAGAAGCGCACCAGGUCGUGCGGAUACGCCUGCACGGCGACCGAGUCGCGAACCUGCGACAUGCCGGCCUGCCCAGGAAUCGAAGAUGCCUUCAGGACAGCCGCCACCGAAGUCAGUCUGCUUGCCGGAACGGACGAAUUCAACGCCACCGAGCUCUUCGGUGUCGACACAGACAGCUGCGAGAGGUGGAUGAACUGCAAGAGCGAGUUCCUGAAGAAGUACAUGCUGAAGGUGGCCAGCGACCUGCCCUCCUGCCCCUGCACCUACCCCACGGAGGUGGCCUACUCCUCGGCGGACAUCCGCGACCCCGCGGCGGGGCGGGACUUCCGCUGGAAGGAUGCCAGCGGCCCCAAGGAGCGGCUGGAGAUCUACAAGCCCACGGCGCGCUACUGCAUCCGCUCGGCGCUCACCCUGCGCUCCGCCACCCUGGCGGCCCAGCACUGCUGCUACGACGACGGCAUGCGCCUGGUCACCCGCGGCAAGGGCGCCGGCUCGCCCAACCUCAUCAGCACCGAGUUCUCCGAGGACCUGCACUACAAGGUGGACGUCCUGCCCUGGGUCUUCUGCAAGGGGGACUGGAGCCGCUACAACCGGGCCCGGCCCCCGAACAACGGGCGGAAGUGCGAGGAGAACCCCGCCGACGACGAUUACAACAAGCAGAUCGAGGAGGCCAAGGAGUUCUGAGGCGGCUCCCGUCUCCCGGUCCCGCGACCAGGACCCGAGAAGCGGAAACCGGGAGAAAAGAAAAGAGAUGUCGGGCGUUAGGCAGGUGGCAGAAGAAAACCGCUGUCCGUCCUCUGGGUUGUUCGGGUAGAGAUUCGUGCCAAACAGAGGCCCGCGGCCUCGUGAGGCUGAGAGCUCUUCAGCGGAGACGGCAGAUUCUUGCAUCGCAUCCGUGUAAUCUAAUUUACUUCCCUAGAAACAAAUGUUGCUUAUUUUAGCAGACCCGAUGACAACAAACUUUUUUUUUUU